GAGCAUGAAGAAGGCGACCCUUUUUACGAGGAGCUGCGGACAGAAGUUUCUGAAGAAGUUGCCAAGAUUGCAACUCCUGACAAAGUGACUGUUAUUCCUAAAAUGAAAGGCCGCGUCUUCGACGGCCGGACUGUAGAAGCUUUUUUCUUUGACGGGGCCACUGACUUUAGGGCCAGCUGUUUGCCCUCUCGGGCCAAACAGCAGAGCGCUGCUGCUGCUGCUGCCAGCCCUGGGGAGGCCCUAGAAGCAGCAGGGGCCCCCGGGGCCCCGGGGGCCCCAGGGGCCCCGGGGGCCCCCGGGGCCCCGGGGGCCCCCGGGGCCCCCAAGGCCCCAGCGGAGAAGGCUGAGGAAGAAAACCUUGACCGGUUUGGGCAGCAGCAGCAGCAGCAGCAGCAGCAAGCACAUGCGUUUCUGGCUGAGACCUUGAUGCCUUUGGCCUCUUUGAGUGCUGCAGGAAUGGGUGGAGGAGCAGAGCAGCGACGAAGAGUUUGCAGUGCAGACAGAAGAAGCGGGCAGCAGAGGCCCGCUGUGCAGCAGCAGCAGCAGCAGCAGCAGCAGCAGCGAGAGGGGCUUUUGAGGGCUCUUUUCGCUCUCUUCCUCUAA